UAAUUCUGGAAUUCGUGUUAUGUGUCCAAUGAUAUGCACUGGUCGGUUGAGGUGGUUAUGCUCAUGGCGCAAACUGAGUUGACAGGCAGAUCAUUUCCUACUUUUUUUGACACAAUUUUUCAGUUGUUCGGAAUUUCCGAAAUUUGGGAUACGUGUAAAUACAUGUUAUAUAUGUGCUCCAAUAUUACCAAAAUAAUAAUAGACGGACGAGUGAGACUAAAAACUGACCCACAUGCUGGAAGGAGGGAAAUAAAAGAUGAGUUUAGAAACAAGUCAUAACACGUCUAAACAACCAGCACACAUUACUUGCACCGGUGCAAACUUGACAAAUCGUGUAACAAAAAUGCGAGUAAUUCAUACUCCCCCGCAUAAUCUCCAAAUCAAUCAGUCGUCAGAUAGGAGUGCGUGUGAGAGCUGCAAAUUAUUUGUUACUGUUCAGCUUAAUUUUUAAACAACAAAAUCUUCAAACCAAAGGCCUUUCUGAAGGCCACACCCCCCCCCCCAUUCCACCAUGUCUAAAAGGGUCCCCCCUGUUAAGUCGAUGGACAAAGUGGGGUUUGGUCCUUUGGAUAUGUUUGUUCAAAAAAGACCACGGUCAUCAACUCCUGGUGUUGGUCAAUCAGAAAAACACGAAAAGGGGAAGGAGAAUGCUGCGCCUCGUGUUGUUUUGACCGGUCAAACUUCUAUCCAAGUUUUUGUGGAUUCUAGUGACAGGGAAGAAGAUCAGUCCUUACGCCCGCCCAGUCCAAAACCAUGUACUUCGUCCUCGAUUAUGACAGCUGUUCAGAGCGCAGUCGAAGAGACUGGAUUGGACGAUUCGGGUGUUGUAGACUUAACGUUUAGUGAUGAUGAAGAGACUGAUCACGAUGUAGGGACAUUGGAGAAUACGGACGAGGUCAGCCCCCAACCCGGCCCUUCACGCGGAAUCCCAGUUCCUCAUUAUCGAUACGGAAAUUUGGCGGGCAAUGUAUACCAACAGUUCCACCGCGAAGUUUUACUGGAUUGGCUCGACGAGGUGAUGAAGAUGAAGGUUCCGGUGCGCAAUGACACCAAAAGAUUGGAAUUGGAACAUGCCGCAGAUUGGGGGCAGCAACGUCGAAAAGAGAAACUAGUUGUCCAAUUCGACACAAAAAUUCCAGGCUCAUCCAUAAAGGGAUAUUAUGUCAUGAAAUCUGAUGGAUGGAGAAACAGUCUAUUUUCAUAUUAUAAGCGGGGUUUUAAAAAUGGGAUAUCUCAGUCUCAACGAGAAAGGAAUAUGGCGUAUAAAGAUCCAGACCAUCCGCUCUAUGACACCAUCAACUCGAGCAAAUCGAGUUCGGAUGACAAACGCCCCCCCCUUGGACAUCGUUUAUAUUGCCACAUUGUUCACAAAGCAACAUCUGAAAAUGCGUUUAAUUGACAUAAUGAAGAACGAAGUAGGACCGGUCCUAGAAGGUGAAACUUCCCGGCUGCUCUAUUACAUUGGGAUUUUCGCUGGUCGUUGUGGUUUUUUUUCAAUGCGCGACGACCAUUUCACUUUGGCGGUAACCCCCAGCCAUAUUUACAUCCGAACUGUAGGGAGCCCAAAUCCGAUGGCUUGUAUGCAGAACAAAGUCAUUCUGUGUGACUCCACGGCGACAAAACAAAGUGUUGAAGGAUUUUUGAUGGCCUACGCGAGAAAGACGAAUGAAUUACUUGGCUAUGAACGGUACAUUGACACAGCCACGGUGUCCCCCGCCUUUGAGUACAUACAAAAGGCCAUCAAAUAUGCGGAAGACGGGAUUCCCCUCUUCCGGAUUGUAGAAAAAGGGGACCGGUCCCAUCCUCCCCCUUGGGCCACCAUGGAAGAAGCAACCACUCUUCCUUACACCAUCACUGAGGAGGAGCUCAUUCUCCGCUUUGACCCAGAUAGACCAGAGGUCAAGAGACACUACAAAAGCUUCCAGAAUAUGGCUCACCUUAUCAGUGAACUUGGGGACCCCCCAGAGAGCUACUUUUACACCAACGACAAGUCUGGAAAUGAAUUCAAACUCGAAUUUGACAAGAUCAAAGCAGCUCGUGAAGACAAAGAAGACUAGAUUAGUGUUUUUAUUGAUGUAUUAAUACAUAUAAUUAAUGUUUUUGUUCUCUCUAUCUAAACUUAUAAUUUCGUUCAGAGUUGUAUUUAAAUACAUAAUCUUUGUGUAAAUCUU